GAUCUUCACUAGCGUCAUCAAUCGGCUCGCAUCAAGGGGGCCAGACACUGGAUCGAGCACUGCCUCUUAGAUAUCUUGGCAGUGCGGACAGGACAGGUACAGGUGCGGAUGCGAGUAUGAAGUUGGAAUAAUGUCCGAACGAUAUCAGGUUCCCAAAACUUGUCGUCAGGCAAGGGAGGCACACGAUGCAUGCCAGGUGGUGAAAUCCAGCGUUUUCUCCCUGGAGAGUCGAAUCUAUGGUCAGCAAGACAGCGCUCUGAAAGCCAGCAGAAAACAUUACCAACGGUUCACCAUCGCCGUGACGAUAUCCCUAUCAUUUCCGCGAACUUGGGUCAACCAGGAUGUUGUGUCGUUUUGUAAGUCUAGGCAGCCAGACAGGGCAGAAGCGAGUCAAGGAUGGGCCGGCCGUUGGCAGGGUCAGGACUGCAUACUGCGUGAUAUCCCACCCUUAUGACGAAGGAGGUCCAAGAAGAACAGAAGCAGCAGGAUAACCGCACGUAGGUAGUGGUGUUGGAGUGGGGGAGGGUCUUGUGAGAGCGGACAUCAGGACGGGGUCCGUGCCCGGAUAUAUUA